AUGCUCAGUCGUGCUGAGUGUGACUCGAAAGACAGGCCUUACACCCUCCUCCAGAAUCCAAACUUGAUCAACGAGCAAUCAAUACAUCAGAACUCAUUUUGUCUUUUGACCCGCAUAAAAUCACUGUUUAGGACCCGGUUCUUGUUGAUUCAGGUAGUUCCUAUUCUCUGCUUAGUGCUCACUAUCAUCAGGUUCUAUCCCUUGUCGAACCAUCUGCCGCGUCAAGGUAAAGCUUACAGCCUGAGCUUUUCCAUCGACUCCAUCACCCCCGCCGGUACCGCAGCCGUCUCGCCUUCGCAGCCACCGCCCACCCCUUCCUCACCACCACCACAGUCGCCAGUUUUUCCUCCGGCUGAUACCAAAGCCGUCUCCCGUCCGGCAGUUCCUCGUCCAGUCGUACCACAUCCUCUUAGACCUCUUCCCCCUCCCCCUCCAACCUCAGCCGCCCUCUGCGCUCGCUGCGGCUGUUCCUCAGAUAAUAGAAUCCGACGCGAAUUCAAUCCGCCCGAUGAAUUGGUUCUCCAGCGCUCUCCAAAUGUAACUAUCUCUAUCGACUCAAAAGAUCAAUCGUCAACGAUCGUCACACAAAUCUGGUCAUCAAUUCGAGAUAUCUACUGUCAGCACCCACUCUUGGCAUCUGAAGCUGCCCUCACAUUGCUUGACCGCAGUGCACCCGAUUCGUCCUUCGUGCCGGCGACGAUCAGCGUCCGGGCAAAUACCCUUCAAGUCGGACUUCCGACCGAGUACAUCUUCACCAAGACAAGUGCUCUCGGCAGGACCGGUGGUCUGAGGCCUGACUACUUCCGGCGCCAUGCGAAGGCGAUACGUGACCAUCAGGCUACGGUAGCCAGGAGAGGUGGAAGGUACCUCGAGGAAACGGAGAAGAAGUGGGGUACCGGCAGACGACAGUUGGUCUGGAUUGUGAUCGAGGACGGAGAGAGUAUUGCUGCGGACAUCCAGCAGGUACUUUCUCAAAGCGGGCUGGCGUUUAUUUAUUUCGCUUAUGGACCCACCCGGCAUCAUGGGAAUGCACAACAGAAUUCCGCAUACGCGCUGAUCCAUCGUCUGUCGCGAACAAUCCUAGGUCACGGACCGAUCAUGUCAAUUGAUGACGAUGGCAAAGUGUUGAGCGAAGUGUUUGACAUCGCCUGGCGUGUCCACACCUUCGGGGUAUGGCCGAUGGGGAACCUCGGGCCGACCGGCUGGGAGGGUCCAGUUUAUGAUCCCGUCACCCUAGAAUUUCUCACUUGGCGGCAGGCCCCUGAAGACGACAGACCAUUCCCACUAGACAAUGGAGCAUUUGUCUUCUCGAGCGAGGUCUUUGGUAGUAACUUUCGUCUGGUCGGUCCCAGAUAUUGGCCGACCGAUUACCCAGGGGGAGAGAGUGAAUUUGUUUCGCAGAUCAUAUCAAAACAGGAAUUAGUAGAGCCUCUGUGUUAUAACUGUCAAGUUGCUUGGCAUAAUCAAAGAUUACCAGAAGAUUGUAUUAAGCAUCUUCCUUCAUGCCAAGAGCUAUGA